GCGAGCCCGGGCCCAUGGCAACGCCGGGGCGGGGAGCAGCAGCAGCAGCAGCAGGGAGCUGCUCCGGGCGAUAGCGGCGAGCUGCUGGCCGCCGGUGCUGCGAGGGGCCGCUGUGCCCCGCUCCGGCCGGUACCGGUCUCAAAGUGCUUACUGAAUUCUUUCUGCAGUUUCCUCCCAGAACAUCGAAUGAGUGUCUGAUAACAGUUUUCGUCCCAGGCUGCUUGUGCUAAGAAGCCAGUGCAGCCACCCACCCUUGGCGUUCAUCUCCAUGCAGCAGUAGGUAUCCAGACGGAGAGGGGAGACGAACUUAUUCCUGCUGGUGGCCCUUGUUGUUUGCUUGUGCUCUGGGUUAAGGAAUAAAAAUAAAAAAAAAAAGGUUGCCUUGAAUUUGCUGUACUGAAACAUUGUGUUAAACACGUUAGAACUUUGCCGUAGUGUAAUCGGCCGGCCUGCUUGUGAUGUUGUGUAACUGGGCCGAAGUCUCUAACCCUCACUUGGUAUAAUGAGCAAUUACUUCCUUGACGAAAAAUUAUGUCCUGGUGAAACUGUUUUUUAAAAUAACCUAAUCAACCCAGACCUCAAAAUACACUUAGAUAUUUUGGAAAUAUUAUUUGGAAACAUGAGCUAGACGACCUCCUGAGGCCCCCUCCAACCAGAAUUAUUCUGUGUUUCUGUGCUGCUGCUGUUUGUCCUCACAGUGUUUUGCAGGAUGGAGUCCUGGCUUUUAAGUUUACUAGGCUUUGUGCAUGGCAGUGAUGCAGCCUGCUGAGCUGGGGAGGGGGAGAUGGGAUGAGACACAGGCACAGGACCCAGCAGUGUGUUACAGCACACACGGGGUGUAUCACUGUCAGCCUGCAGUACUGGAAUACAGCCCCCUGCUCCUCUCUGUGUAACCCCAAAUCUGCCCGAGCUCUACAACCACACUACAGAUUACAUUAAAAUAGGCACUGGUAAACUGCAGAGGCUGCUUUUAAUUAUAUCUAGUGCUUUUUUUACAAAUAUGACAAAUAUGUUAGUGCAAUAGCUGUUUUGUAUUCUUUAAUAUUUUUUUUACCUCAAAUUGUGUAACAGUGUUAACUGCUAGUACCAUUUCUUCUCCACAGGCAGAGGAGCUGAGGCACUAAUACCUUGAAACCUUCAGUUUUAUUCUUUCUUGACUUGCUAAACAGUAGCCCAGUUCUUCAGGACUUCCAUCAGUGUGAAAUGUAAUCAGAGUGUUAGUGCAUUUUUGUACCAGAAUGAUGACUACUGUAGAAGUUGUCAAGAAGAAGCAAAAUUAUACUAGUGUGCAUGAAGCAGUGAAAGCUGGGGAUGUAGAACAGCUUGCAUUGAUGAUAAAAAGUGGAGCCAGUAUUAAUGAGGUGGAUGUAGUUCACAAAUUCACACCCUUGCAGUGUGCUGCUCACGCGGGAAGUCUGGAGUGCCUUCAGUGGUUGCUGUGGCAUGGAGCUGACACCACACGUGUGACUGUGAGAGGCUGGACAGCAGCUCACCUGGCAGCCAUCCGAGGGCAGGAUGCCUGCAUGCAGGCCUUGUUACUGAACGGAGCAGAUGCAGCAGCUCGGGACGAGCGUGGGUGCACGGCCUCGCACCUGGCUGCAGCCCACGGGCACUCGUACACCCUGCAGACCCUGCUGCGCACCGGGGUGGAGGUAAAUGUUUCAGAUGGGAAUGACUGGAAACCUGUUCAUUAUGCUGCUUUUCACGGUCGCUUGGGGUGUUUGCAGCUUCUUGUUCGAUGGGGAGCAUGCGUAAAUGAUGUGGAUAACAAUGGAAACCUUCCAGCACAUCUGGCAGCAGUGGAAGGACACUUGCAUUGCUUUAAGUUCUUGGUCGGGAAAAUGUCCAGUGUUAUGCAGACUCUGAAAGCCAGGAAUGACCAUGGAGAGACUCCAAGAGACUUGGCUGAACGGUUUUAUAAAGAUAAUAUUCUGCAAUAUAUUGAUGGUGUGGAAAAAGAGGAGGAACAUCCAGAGAUGCAGGAAGUUUUAGCUUUCCCAGCUCAUGAUGCUGCUUUCAAAGGGGACUUGUUAGUGGUUAGAAGACUAGUGAGAAGUGGAGUAAUCAAUAUUAAUGAGCGGGACGAUAAGGGAUCCACUCUCCUGCACAAAGCUGCUGAACAGGGACAUAUCCAUUGCUUACAGUGGUUGGUUGAAAUGGAAGCUGACUGUGACAUUACAAAUGAUGCUGGAGAGACUCCAAAAGAUGUAGCCAAGAGAUUUGGCCAUCUGGCAGCUGUGGAACUUUUGGCACCAAGAACUGCAAACAAUAACUCUAGCGAUGAAGAACUAGAUGCAAACAACAUAAAGUUUUUUGAAACACAUGGUGUGGAAGGGAGUACAGAUAGCAAAGAAGAUUUAACCCUGGAAAAAGCAGAGAAAAGGAAUGCACGCAUAAGGGCCUAUAACAAGAUUAAAGAACUUCAGCAACUUCUAGAAAUUGCCUACAGCAACUACAGACAGCUGGGGGGAAUAACUGAAGAGGAGAGGAAGAUGAAAACAGAAGAAAGGAAAGUUGAGAAGGCUGUGAGGGAUCUGGAGGCCCAGCUGGAAUAUGAGCGAGUCAGGCGGGAGAAGCUGGAGAGCCAGCUGGACGAUUAUCGUGCUGAGAUAAACCAGCUCCGAGAGGGCCGGGGGAACACCCGCACCGCCUCUGCUGCCUCCGCGAAAGCUGAGACAAUGGCCAAGUCUUGCAAAGACAAGAAGAAAAUAAAGAAGCAGCCAGCCUGCAGCCCAGGAGGAGCGAGACUACGCUGAGGAACGAACCUCAAAGGAGGGGCAGCAGACUGUGGAGGAAAUUAGCUGCAAACAGAUGGAAGAAUGUAACAACUCUAGAGCAGAGCCUCCUAAACCUCCCGGAUUGCUGCAGGUGCGACAGAACAAAUCCAGAAGCCAAUGGCUGGUCUCAGAUGCCGUAGCCUGCACAGCAGCACAGCCGCAGUGCUGAGAUGGGAGGUCCUGUGCAGCAGCCUGAGGUGCUGCGUUUUCAGGGACACAUCCCAACAACUGUGCUGGAAGCCUCGGAGCAACACAGGCUACAGGGGCUUUUACUACUGUCACCCAGCUACUGGAAACUGCACUACAGGAGAGCUAGCUGCACCAGGACUCAUGUUAGACAGCACAGGUUUCCCAUGGAACCAAAAUGACAGCGAAUUUGAAAACAAGCUGUCAAACACAGCAGCACUCCUGAAGCCUGACAAGCUGUCCUUUGGAUUUGUUACGUUGCUGUUUCAAUUAGUGUUAGAAUAAAACUAAUCACAUUUUCUUUUGAACUUAUUCUCACUUCCAAAUAUAAUGCAGUACUCUCUUUUUAUCCAGCUCCUACGCAAUAAAACCUUCACUGGUUACGUAUAUAUUGAGAAGACUAAUCUCAAAUCAGACUGAAAUUUGCUCUGCUUGACAGGGGAAAGUACAAGUGCUGCCAUACUGAAAUUGUGUGUGGAGACUCAAUGGGAGGCUGAACUGGUCAUUCUCAGACCAAUCCUGAAUGACAGCAAACUUUCAGGCUAAUGUAAAGGACCUCAACAAAACCUCUGUAGCAACUCCAUCACAUCAAUCAAUGGCUGCUGCAGCAAGCAGAGGUACUGUCAAACUGGAUAAGGUAUUUAGGCUUUUAAAACCAUUUAGGUUUUUAAAACCAUGUCCAUAUUUGUCCUAAUCCCAGUUCUGGGCACAAUCCUAGUCCUAGUGUGGCAUGCUCCCACCUCCUCUGUGUUCUCUAUCACAUUUCUUCCAGCUAGAGGGGGGAGGGAAAUCUCCUCCACCCAAUGCAGGCUGUCUGAUGCUACAGACAUGCUGUCUCUUUUAGCAGAUAAUCCUGGAAAGAAUUUUAUACAUCCACAAUCCAGUACCAGUACUCACCUCCUUGCCUAUC